GUUGUCAAAAUAAAGUGUUACGGUGCGUACCAAGAUCAAGAUGCCUUCCUUGUCCUACCACCAAAAACUGAACCCACAAUUGGAUGAAAUCUUUUUUUCUUUUGGUCUUCAUCAUCCAUUCUGUACUAUGCAUCAUGUCACACGCAUUUAUCAGCUCAACUAAAUCGCGAACUAUUCCAUGAUGGCAUAUCCAGGGAAUGACUCUGAUGAGUAUCAACCUGAUUCUGAUGAUUCCAAUAACUCUAAUGAGCGUCUCAACCGCUGGUCCGGCCCCCCGUCCACCUGGCAGCAGCUGAACAAUGCUGAAAUCAACACGCACAUCGCGCUCAAUGAGAUUCGUAACCAGGACCUCUCUGUCCAUCUAUAUAACGCAUUUGCGCUCAAGCAUAGGCAUGACAGAAGAAAGACACAAGAUGUGUCCGACCCGGUUCCUAACCAGGACAUCAAUAUUGCAACAGGUCAGCUAGUGCAAGAAGACAAAUGGGUGCCGCCCAAUGCAUGGACAGCGUGGCCUUUGCCCGCGGAGGCAGUGCCGCGUCCGGGUUUUAUGGGGCGCACCGAGGACACAGAUGAGGGACUCCUCUUGAGGAUGCAAAAGCCAUACGAACCUAGGGCCGAACUAGAGGAGACAAUUUCGGCUGCUAUGCUACGGUUCGCUAAGGAAAGGUUUCAAGCAAGGCAGAGGACGACGCAACAGACCGAAGAUACAGCCGAGACAGGCCCUGCAACGAAUGAUGAAGAGUACUCUGAUACAGAGAUGAGCGCUAAACCCAGGCGUGCCAGAUCCAAAUCUAAAGCUAAAUCAAGUUUGAGGUCUCGAGCACUGAAAUAUGAGAGCACUAGUGAGGGCGACAUGAUGGACAUCGAUGAUCUACCGGUUGACGAGCAAUCUUCCGAAUUGGCGGAGAUGAUUCCACUCAGGACAGUCGUUGCAACGGACGAUGAACUAUCAUACGCUCUGUUACGUCCUUCGACACAAGGCAUAAUAGCAAAGCUAGAUGCGGCAUUGGCAAUCCUCCUCAAUGCCCAGCAGUCCAAAUACAAUUGCCCCUCCGAAUCUGAUGCGUCUGAUGUAUCGUCACGUGCUCAGUCCCACUCUCGUUCUUGUAGUCGGAGACCUUCUAAUACGCGCUCCCAGCCGCCGGCCACCCCACGUAGACCACCACCGAGGUCUCGUGCAUCAUCAGUCGCAGAGGGACCUUCGGAAGCAUCUGGAAUGGCUCAGAAGAAGAGGGGCCGACCAAAAAAAGUUUACCCGCCGCUUGACGGGGAGACAGACAGGGAGUACGCCAUCCGGAUAGCGCGCCUGCGGAAAGAGCGCCUCCCAAGCUUCGCAGACGACGAUGUCUCGGAAUCCACACCGGCGCCGAAUUCAGCCGCCGAGUACACAGACAAUAACAACGAAUCUAAGUCCAAGACAAGGAAAUCCCGCCAACGGAGAGGCUCGGAAGCUCUGUCGGAUGUCACAUCGACCAGCAGAACUAGCACAGGCUCCCGUCGGCCACCAAGAUUAGCGCGUGUCCGCAUGCGCGACUGGAGAGAUAUUCUAGGUGCCGCUGCGCUCGCGGGGUUCCCUGCACAAGCCCUCGACCGAGCUGCGCGACGAUGUGCCGACCUCUUCAGCCAGGGCUUUACUCUUCACACGUUACAAGAGGGACCGCUGGACCAGACACAACUGCACAAAACCGUGCGCUAUGAACCAGGCAUGGCAACCCCUUAUGUGCUAGAAGACUCCGAAGACGAAGGCGAUGAGAAGGCACACUCAGGUCCACGCGCUCGCACAUCUCGCGCACCUAGCAUUGCCCCAUCAGAAGGCUCAGUACGAGGUCGAAGCCGUAGCAUCGGGCCCCGGAGCAGGUCACGGUCGAGAUCUGCAUCGACUGGUAAGGGAUACUUCUGCAUAUUCAGCAAUUGCCCAAGGUCUGUGAACCCAAUUGUGAAGCGUACGAAUUUGAUGCGUCACUUGAGACUUAUACACAUGUACGAUGGCGACGAGCUGCCGGAGGCAGUCGAUAGCGAAGAUGAGAUGCAUGGCGCUGUGCACACAGACGGGUUCAUGAAGACGAUGAGGGUUCGGCCGGGCUGGCGCGGUGAGGAUACGGCGAAAGAGAAGAGACGGCCGCGGAUGAGGGUAAGAGGGGGAGAGCUGGCUGAUACAAGGAUGCGGGACACAGAUUCUAUGGCCGGUUAUGAGGAAGUGUCUGAUUGAUUGAUGGAUCAAAACCCAGCUAUCUGUUCAUUAUUCAUACGACUGUGCUUUUGCUACCGCUCAUUAUCAUAACCCAACAUCCUCUCACAGUCUCAUAUCAAUAAGACAAGCAGAAGUCUCCAAACUCC